GAUUUGGGCAACUUCAGUUUUGCCCGAGCCGAUCGAUCCGUCGCGAUGUUGAGCCGCUUUUGCUUGGCCCGUAGCAUGGCGGGUAUGUCCCUCGCCCCCAAGUCGUCGUCGGUUCUUCCCGCGGGAUUCCAAAGCGUGUUCUCCGCGACGCGCUGCAUGUCCACGGAAGCCACCGAGGAAAUUUCGCUGCCUGCGAUCGAAGAUGCGGUCGAGUUUCGAUCGGUGAAGACGGUGAAGAAGGAAAUUCGCCAGAGUCCCCGCAAGUUGUCCUACCUGGCGCAGCAAAUCCGUGGUCUCACAGCCCCGGAAGCGUUGAUCCAGAUGCAAUUCUCGCAGAAGCGCAAGUCCACGAUUGUCAAGAAGACGAUUCAAAACGCUGUCAACUUGGCAGACAUCUACUACGGCAUCGAACCGAGCGCGUUGAAGGUUGAGCAAGCCUUCGUCACUAAGGGCAUGUUCUUGAAGCGAGUGAAGUUUAUGGGGCGAGGCAACACUGGUGUCAAGCACCGAGGACACAGCCAUUUGACCGUGAUCUUGCGUGAAUUCGACCCGGCAUCGGUCCCCAUCAGCAAGUCCAAAGCGCGUAAGAUCGCCUACAAGGAGGCCGCCGCCGCCAAGGAACUCGCGUCCAACGCCGAAGCCACCAAGAGCGCCGAAACUGCAUAAGCCAGUCAUCCCCAUGUUCAAUAUACGCUAGCUAGUUCGAUCGACUUCCUUCCAUGAAGUGUGUGGGGUAUCCCAUCCCAGCAGACACCAUUUGCAUGCUGGUCUCGGCUGAAAGCAGGCAGCAAUGCCAAAAUGGAAGUACAUAGGUAAAAUAGGGCCAUACAACGCGAAUGCAAGAUUUGUGAC